CGCACGUGAGACACCUAGCAAAGAGACGGGAGACUCCCAAACAGUACGAGUAGCAACCACCCGACUCAGACAUUAUUAUACUUUUGUGAUCGCCACGACUUGAGAACAGAACGAGAACUAUUUCAUUGUCAUCAAGUCGAUCGUACUUUGGUCUCGCGGACUUUGGAGAUACUACCUGAAACCCAUAUCAUCGUCACACAACUCGAAGACAGAAAUUUGCGGUGAGGAGACACCAGUGAACCUUUUAACUUUUGCCCGAUUUCUUGAACUAACCUGGGGGAUUUUCACAAACUUAUUGACUGACUAAAAUUCAUUCUACUCAGAGUAAGACACACAAACAAACGAACAUAACCCGAUAUUUGGUGUCAAGUAGCAAGAAUCAGAAACACUACCCUCUUUCUAUUAAUUGUGAAAGAGAUCUGUUUCUGUCUAUCUCAUCGUUUGACAUUCCCCCUCAAGCCAUGAAGUUUUUGCGUCAUUAUAGAAUGUUCUAGAAACCCCACCGAUCGCCCGAGUCUUUCACAGGCCUCCCCCUUGUAAUACACGCUGCUCAUUUCUGUCAGUCCGAGGACAUCAUGUCUUCAACUGUUCACUCACAAGUCGCCGAGGCAGGCUCGGCCUUCCCCCACCACACGUCUUUGUGUGACGUCACGGCCACCUGCUCAUGCUCACUGUCGUCCAGAACAGCUUUACUGCCUUCAAGAUGCUGCUCCGAAUUUAAGUCAUCGCAAUCGUCAUCAUCAUUCUUAUCUUCGUCGGCGUCAUCAUCGCCACACAGAGACAGUAUCUCCCCCCUCACCACGGUGCCAUGCCUCCCCGACACACAAGACUCUCAUGUCCCCUCCUCUCCCUCUCCAUCUCCCUCCUCUUUUUCAUCCUCACCAUCCUCCUCGUCCAUCUGCUUCUGGUCAAGAUACCAGACGUGUGCAAAAGACACUGCUGGCUCCCCCCGGCCGUCCAUCUCCGAUAUGUCUAUGUAUAGCCCCCGGUCCCUGCUGUCCCCUGUCAGGUGGGCAAGGUGUCCCCCUCUAAGCCUGGUCUCGGUACUGCUGGUGCUGUGUGUGUUUCUGUGUGGGCCAGCGUCCAUCGAGGCUCGCAGUGUGGGCGUAUGUCUGGGCGUACCCUGCGCUAAUGGUGGGCAGCUCCUUGUCUCCAACUCGGUGUGGGGAGACUGCCGAUGCCGUUGUCGGGCGGGGUUCGUUGGGCCCUUCUGUCAGUAUCAGGCUGCCCACAAGAGAAGCGCUGCAACCUCCCAGCCCGUACAAGUAGGACGCCUUGAGGAGAUGGUGGAGAUCCAUCAACGUCUUUUGGCACUUCAGAGACGGCUGGACGAGGACAGCCAGGACACCAGGCACGUGACCAGAGCCUUGACCAAUGAAAGCGGAAGAAUGACCGGAAGUGUGGGGGGAGAGGAGUCCAGUCUGGACUCGUUCAGCUCCGGACAGAAUCGUCCACGAAGGUCCUGGGAACCAAGGCUGGAGUUUCGUCACCUGCUCAAACGGCUUGCACAACAAGCUGUCUGACCGCGUCACUUCCGCUUCCCUUCUCCACAUUCCUGCGGACAUGCGCACGGUGACCAAACCAGGAGCAAACACGGCUGCAGACGGAACACUUCCCGAUGAGAUGACCGAGGAACCUCGCUGUCUGAGAGGUGCUCAACAUGAACGUCUACCGGGAUGUCCACAUUCGCUGCGGUACCGCUCUACUACCCACCACCCAACUUUUUCAACCUCCA